UGUCAGGUUAAAUUUUACAAACGAAACAAACGAAUAAUCUCGAGAAUUUGAAUGAUUCGAAUUCUUUAUUGUAAUUGCUUUUAUUCGUAGUUUGGAGAUUUAAUAGAAAUAUUUUUAUUUGCGGAAAAUCGAGAAAUGGAUACUUGUGAUUCACUGGAAAAACUUGCUAGAUUAAAACGUAUCAAUGAUCAGAACGAGCAAAAUUUGCGAAAAUUGGGCAUCGAUAUGUCCACCUUGCCCAACAACAUCACUACCAUCAUCAAGGAGUUCGUCGAAACGCAGCAAAUGACAGGUCUUCAUGAAUUGGAUUUGAAUAAUUUAGAGCUGUGGCACUUGCACCAAAAGGAGGAAAUGAUUGAUUUGGAACAAGGUGUUCUGAAGCCAUUGCAGCGAAAAGUGAAAAAAGCAAACGAAGAAGUGUAUAUGGUGAACAAGAAAAUUAAUUCUUUGGAGAAGGCGAUCGCUGAUUUUAAAAAGGAUAGCAUUUCCGAUGGCGAAUAUGAGGACAGAGUUCGCGAAAUCGGGUCGGUCAUUGAACAAGCUGAAAAGGCGAUCACGGAAACACCAUUACCUUCCGUGCAGCUAGACUGUGAUCAACUUAUAAAUAGUGUCAACGCCGUGAAUGCCGAACGAAAAUUGAAAAGUAAAAAGAUUGUUAAAAAGCAUUGAAUGCUUCAUCUUACAUUAUACCUAUGCAUCUGAAUAGAAUAAAAUUGUUAAAUGAUUUUCAUAAAAAAA